AUGAUGGUGUGGCAGCUGUUGCGGGCUGGGGCGGACCUAAAUCUCGCCGACGACGAUGGCAGAACACCUCUUCAUGCAGUCCUUCAUUCGCACGAAGAGAUGGCUCAGUUCCACCGUUCCCAAGACAAUGACCUGAUCUCACGUGGCUUCCAGAUUAUCUUGGAAGUUCUUUUGGAUGGAGGAGCCGAGAAGAACUUGGCUGACAACUUCGGGCGAACACCGUUGCAUGUGGCAGCAAGACAAGGGAAUCUUGCUCUUCUGCACUUGAUCCUGAAAGCGAGAGCUGACCCUGACUUGGGUGACGACGAUCACCGCACCGCACUCCAUGCAGCUUCCGAUCUUGGCCUUGACA